AUGGCAGCAAUAAGGAAUAAUACCAGAUUAUUAAUUGCUAUUUUUUAUAAAUCAAAUUACAGGGUGAUUUGUGGCUCCCGAGUGAGGGUUGAGCUGUCAACAGGCAUGCCCCGCCGCUCCCGCUAUGAUAGACCUCCUGCACGGCGACCAUUUGAUCCUAACGACCGAUGUUACGAAUGUGGCGAGAAAGGUCAUUAUGCUUAUGACUGUCAUCGCUAUAGUCGUCGAAGGAGGAGCAGGUCACGGUCUAGAUCUCAUUCAAGGUCCAGAGGAAGAAGGUAUUCUCGGUCACGCAGCCGAAGCCGUGGUAGGAGGUCCAGGUCAGCUUCCCUUCGCAGAUCGAGGUCGGUGUCACCUCGUAGAUCUAGAUCAGCCUCACCCCGCAGGUCCCGAUCACGUUCUUUAAAAAGAUCAAGAUCUAGAUCCAGAUCACGAUCAAGAUCCAGGUCCAUUACAUGGCCAAGAAGCAGUUUUACAGGACACCUUAGGUUUAGAUCUGUGAUGAUGAACAAUAGGCAAACCUUCGGUCUGGGUCCCAUGGCAGAUCUAAAUCUGGUUCACCUGCUAAAAGCCAAUCAAAGUCCAGAUCCCCCUCUCCAAAGAGAAGUCAUUCACCUCCAGGAAGCCCUCGAAGGAGGAGUGCAAGUCCUGUAAGAAUGGACUGAAAUUUCAAAGUUAACCUUCUGGGAAGAACGUUAUUUUGUUUACAUUAUUAAAAGGGAUUUGUGGUGUCUUUGAUGUAAAUGGUAAGGGCUUAGUUCUAGAAGGGUAUUUCAAUCUGAUAACAAUUGGCCUGGGUCUGGAUCAUUUAAAUUCUGCAAAGUCACAUCAGUAGACUAGUGCACAGCUUGUUUUGUUGUAUGUAUUAACAUGCUGUGAUCUGAAAAUGUGGGACUCUUUUAUUGACGUUUUUUAUUGCCUCGUUGAAAUAAAAUGUGUAUUUCUAACUAAAAACCUCCUUGUGAUGCCCUACUGCUUAACAAAAAAAAAAAAAAGUGGCUACGAUUAGCCUACCCUAAAUCAAUCAUAUUCUUCCCAGUUUAUUUUAAAUAGUCUCUAGUUAUGUGAACUUGUUAUUGAUGUUAAAUGGAUGAUGACAACAUUUUAAACAGUGACAAAAUCCUUUAUCUCAGUUGCCAUAACUUCCUGUAAUAUCAUUUACAUGAGCUCUCUAUUCAUUGUAAUCUUCCAAUGUAGAGAGAGUAUGAAUGUCUAAUAUCUAAAGUUUGUUUACAAAAAGUAAAGCCUUUCUUAUCACAAAGCAGAAGGGCACAAGCACAGUAUUUCCACUGCAGGUUACCUUUAAAUAACGGUUCAUGUUCCGAGAGAAAAGGCAGCUAUGUCACUCUUUCUCUAUCACAGCCCAUUUAUGGUCAGUUAGUCUAACCUGAGAAAAACUGAACGAAACUGAGAACGUUUCUGCAACACAAGUUGCAAUCAUAAAGCAGCCUGUAUGCUGGUAGACAAAACCUGUUUAGAUAUUGGUAAAAUAAACUCUAUAGUGCACACAGCAAAUAUAUGGUUGAAGAGCUUAAAAUGAAUCUUAUGUGAAACUCCCUAAAGGCUUGUUGAUCUGUAGCCAGGAGUUGCAUGGGGAUAUGACAUUUCAUGUUGAAACUGAGACUGGCUGUCCAUAGGUCUUAUCUGAUUGGCAAAUAUAAGGUUAGACUGCCAGUUUCCUUCUUAAUAGAUAUUAAAAAUCUCUUUUUUUUUUUUUUAUUCUGGACUACUUUAUUUAAUGUAGCUAGAUGUCAGUUUCAACAUUUAAGGAGAACUGUUAGGGUUUUCUAAACAUCCACUGAAUUUGAAAGGGCAGACUUGUGUGGGCUCCUAAUGAAAUGGCUAAUGGCAGAUUAAAAGUUUACAACUUGUAAAAGCAUAAAGUUAUUACUGUAGUAUCUUAAAUAGCAAAAUGACCUUUUGGACCAAAAGACAAAUUUUGGGUAACCCGUAAUUUUCAGAUAACAGACUUCUCAUUUAAUGUUAGACUCCACUUGUGUCUGAUAGAUGUUAGAACCCCUGAGUCGUCCCCACACUCUGAAAAUGUUACACUUGGCAGCUUUAGUUCCGAAGUGUACUAGCCACUUUCCUAGCUUUGAUGUCUAAUCUUGAUUUUUCUGGUGUUUGAUUUCCAUAUGUUCAGUGCAUUGUUGCUUAGCAACAGACGCAUCCACUCCCAGUGCUAAUUAUGCUGUGAUUAAUAUUCUGCUAAUAUCCAUAAAACAAGACUGCAAAAUGGGGAGCAGGAAACGACAACAUUGAUUCUCCUGGAAUAAUUCAGCAAAUAUACCCAGAAGCUAUUGCUUAGGAUGACAUUCAUCAGUAUAGCUUGUCCAUUGUCUGGCAGUUUUACAGUAUAACUAACUAGUAAAAGUGCCACAUGGAAUGAUGCUAUUGCAUUUAAUGAGCUCUUUCUCUUCUGUACUGUUAAGACAAACACUCCACAAUAAACAUGCAGACUCUAAAAUU